CCCGGGCGUCAUGGCCGCCUCGAAGCCCGUGGAGCCGGCGGGCGGCGGCGGCCCCGCGGGGCUGUCCCGCUGGCAGCUGGCGCUGGUGCUGGGCGCGCCCAUCCUGCUGGGCGCCGGAGCCAUCUACCUGUGGGGGCGGCGGGCGGCGCGGCGCGGGAAGGGCGCGAGCGAGAGGAAGACCCCCGAGGGGCGGGCGAGCCCCGGGCCCGGCGGCGAUGCAGGCUCCGGGCAGCCCGACGGGCCCGGGCACGAGGAGAUGAGCCCUCUUGGUAGAGCCCAAGCAGCCAAGAACAAAGGAAACAAGUACUUUAAAGCAGGAAAAUAUGAGUCAGCUAUUCAGUGUUAUACUGAGGCUAUCAGCCUGUGCCCUCCUGAGAAAAACCUCGAUCUUUCUACCUUCUAUCAAAAUAGAGCUGCUGCCUAUGAACAACUGCAAAAAUGGACAGAAGUGGCACAAGAUUGCACAAAGGCCGUUGAGCUUAAUCCUAAAUAUGUAAAAGCUCUCUUCAGGCGUGCAAAGGCUCACGAGAAGCUAGACAAUAAGAAGGAAUGUUUAGAAGAUGUCACUGCAGUCUGCAUUUUAGAAGCCUUCCAAAACCAGCAAAGUAUGUUAUUAGCUGAUAAAGUUCUUAAACUCCUGGGAAAAGAAAAGGCCAAAGAGAAAUACAAGAAUCGUGAGCCUCUGAUGCCCUCACCACAGUUCAUUAAAUCCUACUUCAGUUCUUUCACAGAUGAUAUCAUCUCCCAACCUUUGCUUAAGGGUGAGAAAUCAGAUGAAGAUAAGGAUAAGGAGGGAGAAGCUUCUGAAGUAAAAGAGAACUCUGGCUAUUUGAGAGCAAAACAAUAUAUGGAAGAAGAGAACUAUGACAAAAUCAUCAGUGAAAGCACAAAAGAAAUUGAAGCAAAGGGAAAAUACAUGGCAGAAGCUUUGCUCCUGAGAGCUACUUUCUACUUACUUAUUGGCAAUGCAAGUGCUGCCAAACCAGACCUAGAUCAGGUCAUCAGAAUGGAAGAUGCAAAUGUGAAGCUCCGAGCUAAUGCUCUGAUCAAACGAGGCAGUAUGCAUAUGCAGCAGCAGCAGCCUGUGCUGUCCACACAAGACUUUAACAUGGCUGCUGAUAUUGAUCCUCAGAAUGCAGAUGUUUACCACCAUCGAGGACAACUGAAAAUCCUGCUUGACCAAAUUGAGGAGGCUGUGGAAGACUUUGAUGAAUGUAUCCGGUUGCGACCCAAUUCGGCCUUGGCUCAAGCACAGAAAUGUUUUGCUCUGUAUCGCCAGGCUUAUACAGGAAGUAAUGCUUUGACUGUGCAAGCAGCCAUGAAAGGCUUUGAAGAUGUCAUUAAAAAAUUUCCAAAGUGUGCUGAAGGCUAUGCACUCUAUGCUCAGGCACUAACUGAUCAACAGCAGUUUGGCAAGGCUGAUGAAAUGUAUGAUAAAUGCAUUGACCUUGAGCCAGACAAUGCUACUACAUAUGUUCAUAAAGGUUUACUUCAGCUCCAGUGGAAGCAAGACUUAGACAAAGGGUUAGAACUCAUAAGCAAGGCCAUUGAGAUUGAUAACAAAUGUGAUUUUGCAUAUGAAACCAUGGGAACGAUUGAAGUGCAAAGAGGUAAUCUGGAUAAAGCCAUUGAAAUGUUCAACAAAGCUAUCAACCUGGCCAAAUCCGAAAUGGAGAUGGCCCACCUCUACUCCCUCUGUGAUGCUGCCUAUGCCCAGACAGAAGUUGCAAAGAAGUAUGGAUUGAAACCACCGACACUGUAAAGGAACAAGGAGGAAAUGGCGUUCUAAAGUGAAGUUGCCCACUUCAGCCAGCCCUAAAGACGCUGUUGCAGACCAUGCUGAAUGGUGGAACUUAGUUUUUUCCCGUUCGUGGUGUUGUCAUUUGCUACAUCUGUUAAAUGUUUAGGUGUUGUGGGAGUGGUUGUUCAAGGAAGUAUGCAGUGCUGCAUCUUGUUCCUUCUGCAGCAAAAACCUUAAGGUGUGUUAAGGGAAAUAAAGUUGCAGGGGAACAAAAGGAAGAUAUUUUGGCCAUGCAAAUAAAAACUUCACACUGGUUCAUUUUGGGUGAUUAUGUUGUGGGCGAUUUUUGCUUUUUCAAAUAAUAAUAAUACAGCAUGUGGGGUUUUUUCCUGUUGAUUUUAAAGGUAAUACUAGUCAGUGCUGUAAAAUAGAUUUCUUUUUUAUAUCCUAUUAAUCCUUGAGGGUUGAUUUUAAUUUUACAAAAAGGCAAAAAUUAAUUUUCAAACUUUAAUAAUAGAGGGUUUUUUUUAAAGUCAGUAGAUGUGGAGAGAAUCCCUGUAAAUAUAUGCAAGCAUGCACAAUCUUCCCUUAAAUUCCCUUCCACCUUCUGCAUAACUUAGAAAUAGUCCUGUGGCAGCUAUUAGGGAAUUAAUUUGAUAGUCCUUAUCUUCACCUCAGAAAGCCCUAGAGAACUGAUUAGGAGAGCAAGUAAAAAAGGUUGGCUGGGGAAGGAGGUCAGGUAACACUGCUUCAGCAUAGACUUCACAGGAAGAAAGGCUGUCUUCCUGUGCAGCAGUCCUUACUUGAAUGUCAUGGGAAGUUGUUCUGGAGGGUUCAGAGGGACUUCCAAGAACAGAAAGUACUGCUGGGAGUCAAGCUCCCAAAGGUAAGGUCAUGCUUGCAUAUAAUCUUUGUAAUCUCUGAUGCUUUUGCAUAAAUGUAACAGACCAUCUAAAUUCUCUUCAGUCUCUAGAGCCUGCUGUGUUACUGCUCCUUUUAAGAGCCCCUUUGCAGAAUUAAGUGAGAUAAGGAACAAAGCAUAGGCUAAAACUUCAAAUAAUGGAUUUGGAGUCUGCACUGCUUUCCUUGUUCCAUAGACUUUGUCUUAUCCAAGAUUACAAAUACUGUAGAAAGGAAGCAACUGUGCUGCAAACAGGAGAGGGGCAAAUUGUGGAAUAGUCUUCCUUUAGUUAGGAAUUUCACCCUUGCUUUGGGUGUGGAAGUCAGUCAGUCCAUCUUGCCUCUCCCUGGGUUGAUGUGGCUGGAUAAACCUCAUGCAAAUGAUGUAGCUUAACUUAUGACACACUAGUUUGGGCUUCUUUCCAUCCUGAAAUCAUAGAUUUGUUUGUGGUGAAUUGUCUAAUGUAUUUAAUCUUUUAAAGAAAUUAAUGAUGCUGUAGUCAAACUGUCUUGUUCUGUAGUUGUGCCACCAUACAGCAGCAGCUUGCAUUUUCAACUUGACCUUCCUUUCUCCCAGCAACUACAGUUGAGAAUUCAAAUGGUGGAGAGUAGACAUAAAGAUUUAAUCAUUCUAUUUUAGCUAGCUCAGUAGGUGAUCUGAAAUCAUAGCACUGGUGUAGAAUUGAAGGUCUGGGAAGGUACUGGCAGCUUCUAAGGGCACUGCACGUAACAAGUGUCAAAUGUCUUCUCGAACUUCCAAUCUCUGCAUCAAUUACCUGAGAACAAAAAUAUGCCAGACUGAGGAGUCCUGUUCUCCUGAGGAGUUUUUAUUCGCAUGGCCUUAUUUACAUUGGCAUUUUCUCCUCAUCACCCCACCUGUACCCCAUUCCUUACCCCACCCAAUCAAUUAAGGGAAAAAAGCAUGUGCUGUCAAUUACUAGCAUUCCAAAUCAUCACAGACUUUUGCCUGUUCUUGAACUAGUUUGAAACUGCACUGAAAGGAUGCAUUGUCUGUAAUUUUUUUGUAAAUGACAUAUCACCUGUAAACUGAAAAAAUAAAUACUACCUUCAAGUAUCUCUCUCUGACAUGUAUAAGAACAGGUUUUGAUGGAAGUGUUCUCUGCUGUGGUGAGCUCUGUGCUUAUUUGAUGUUGCUCCAAAUCUAGGACGAACUAGUACUGACUGACUCCUUAUCAUCUUCUCUCACUUCAACCUUUAAGAAUGAGGAGGAGAUGUGGAAUCAACAAAUCUGAUCUUCGCUUGCUUCCAUCACCCACAGAGGUAUGAUCUUGAGAGCUGAACAUUACAGGGGAAAGGAAGUCGAGCCAGGAAAGCUGGGAGUCUGGGUAGCUGACAUCCUGUUAAUGUGUGUAUGCAGGUGGAUCCCUUUAGUGAAAGGGACUUUCUUUAAAUGGCUGAUAGAGCAGAGAUUUUACUUUAAGCCAGGUGUGCACGUGAACUUUGAGAAUCGAGAGCUGAAGUGAAACAAGUAUUAUUGCUAUUUAAAAAAAAUAAAACUGUUGAAAUUAUGUAGGAAUCUUGUACUGAAGACUUGGAUAAACCUGGUGUAUCCUAGAGGGAUACUCUGGGAAGUUUCUUCUACAUACAGUUGUCUUGCAACUUAAUUCUGAUCAUGUAUAAUCCCUGUUGUUCACAGGGACAACAGUCUCAGGCACAUGGUGUGAUUCUUGGGGUGUCCUGUGCAGGGCCAGGAGCUGGACUUCAUGAUCCUGGUGGGUCCCUUCCAACUCAGCAUAUUCUAUGGUUCUAAGCUGUGACUUGAAUUUCUAGGCUCUAACUGCAGAUUGAAAGUGAAGAGGGAACUAACACAUGCUUCUGAAGAGCUGCACUGUAACUUACUCUGGAACUGUCAAGAGCAGCUUAGAUGCUGCUUUAACCAGCCUAGUGGUACUAACACUGCCCAAUACAACAGGCAGUACAGUGUUUCUGCCAUUUCUUUAAAAAGAAUUUAAAUUAUUGCAACUGGAAAUUCUGCAACUAUUUUGGGGUUGUUUGUGGAUGGUUUUCUAUACUUAAAGAAUACUGGUGCACAUGUACAAUAUGACUACUUAAAAGUGCCUGUUUUCUAUCAAUACAGAGGUUGAGUAUUGGCUUCUUUAAGUAUUAUAUCUGAGAUUUGAGAGUGUACUUGUUUUCAUUGAAACCCUCAAAAACUCACAGUCCCAUUUGUAUCACUUAUGAGUGGAGCACACUUGAGACCCUACUAAAUAUCCCACUAAACUAAGGUGCUUAGAAGUCCUGACAGACUGAAGAGGACUGAGCUCAUGUCAGCUCUUGAACUGAGUUCACCAAAGUAGCUUGUGACAGAUUGUCAUCCGUCCUCCAUUUGGGAUUCCAGGGGAGGAGGGUCCAGGCCCCAGUCUGUUGCAGACUGCACUUUUCAUUUUCAAAAUUUCAGUGGUCAACUUAUGAGAGUCCUGCACUACUUUAAUCCUCCAAAGGUAGUAUUUAGUUACUGCUGCAUGUUAAACUAGUAGAGAGAGGGGAGGGAAUGACAGUUUAGGAAAAUGGAUGCAUAAUAGUUACUAUGAUUUAGAAGUUGGAGCCCAGCAAUGGCCAUCAUGGAUGCAGAUUGUUGAGUAUGUGGGAGGCAGUAAUCUAAUGCAGGAGACUUGGCUCGAAUGGUAAAUUGUUAAUUUUUUAAUAUUUAUUUUCCAACAAAUAAAUCUUCAUUUCACUUUA